AUGUCGGCCCUCGGAGCGGAGCGAGCGGGGCGCCUGGGAUUGGAUGCGAAGGCCUGCAGGGCGGGAGUCCCUCUCGGAUCGCGUCUGGCCGGCGCCUACCGUCCUCGGCCCGCAAUCACCCGCCGUGGCCAGGUCGUGGUGCACGCCAGGCUCCUCGGCAAUCGCAACCUCCAGCGCAAGCUCCUCGAGCGCCUCGCGGAGACGGCGAAGCGACGGAAGGAUGCCGGACAGGGAAGCAAACCGGGUGCACCCACGCCGCCACCGAGCGACGCAGCCCCGCCCGAGCAGGCCGCGCCCACAGCGCGCGGCGCCGGAGCGGCGUCACCAUCCGCCUCGGACGCGCCCCCGGGGAUCGACACCGCGAGACCGCCACCUCCGGGCCAGAACGGAGCGCCAUCCACUGCGGACGCGACAGCCCCGCGCCGGCAGCCGCGGCUCGCGGAGCCCGACAUCAUCAUGGGCGCGCCGACCACGCGGGCCUCCCCCCGGCCGCGCGCCCAGUCGCGCGUAGACGUCCCCACGCCGCGCCGCGAGCUCGAACGCCUGCGCCAGAAGCAGCAGCUGGCGCAGGCCUCCGCCGCGCGCGCCGCCACCUGCUCCUCCGACGGCGGCGCGGGUCCCCGGCGCACAGAGCGGGCCGCGAACCUCGCGCACGGCGUGCCGCUCUCGCGGUCGCUCGCGUCCCUCGGCGCGAUCGUCGCCGUGCGAGGGUUCCCCGUCACCGAGGCCCGCACCGCGACGGCCGCCGCGGCGUCGGCCGCCGCGGCGCUCCCGGACGACGACGACGACGAGGACUCCUCGGACGACGAGGUCUUCUUGGCGGACUCGUACGACGAGGACGACGACCGCAGCCUCCCCAAGGGCAAGGGCAUCACCCGGGCACGGAAGCGGAGGGCGCGCGAGGAGGCGCGCGCGGCGCUGCGGGAGGCGCGGACGGCGCUCGCGGACCUCGGCGUGCGCGAGGACCGCGUCGACAAGGUCCUCGACGCUAUGCUGACCUUCCGCGUGUCGCAGGGGCGCGUCACGGGCUCGGUGGACCGCCGCCGGACGGCGAUGCUGGUGCGCAACGCGCAGCUCGUCGCGGAGUACCUCGUCGAGAGCUGCCACGUCGAGCCGGGCCCGAAGGGCGUCGGGAAGCUGAUCGCGAACGCCCCGCGGCUGCUGAUGUGCAAGCCCACCGCGAACGACCGCUGGUACCGCCGGGCGCUGGAUUUGGCGGCGUUCCAGCACCGGUUCGGGCACUGCAACGUGCCGGACAAGUGGGAGGAGAACCCGGAGCUGCCCCGGUGGCUCCGGCGGCAGUUUGUGGAAAUGGCGCAGUCGUCGCUGGCGCCGGAGCGCACCGCGAUCCUGCGGGAGGUGGGCCUGGAGUUCGAGAAGCUGCAGCGCGUGACCGCGGACUGGGAGGGCAUGUUCGACCGGCUCCUCGAGACCCUGCUGGAGUCCGGCGCGCAGGUGCCCGGCCGUGCAAGCGCGGAGGACGGCGGCGGCGCGGAGGCGCCGCUGCCGGCGGAGGAGGACGACGACAGCGGCGGCGCCGCGGAGACCGAGGGCGAGGAGGUCGUGCUGGUGCCGCCGGCGUCGUUCGACUGGUCGUGCACGGAGAUGAUGGCAUCGCGGGACCCCGCGCGGUGGGAGGUCGGGCGGUGGGUGCUGCUGCAGCGGGAGCUCGGGGCGCGGCAGCUGCUCGGCGUCGAGGGGCAGAGGCGGCUGGAGCGCAUCGGGUUCCCGUGGGAGCUGGACGGGGAGCCGCGGUGGGCGCAGAGUGUGCGCGGGCUGCUCUUCGCGCUGCACUGCCGGCGGCAGGAGGUCCUGAAGCGGUGCACCGAGGACGGCACUGCGCAGCUGCGCCGGAGCCCGCGGGCGGCGAGCUUGGGGGAGUCGGACGACGAGGAGGACGCGAGGUUCGUGCUCGGGACUGUCGACAUCGAGGGCGACUCCGAGAACGUGCAGGCCGCUGUGUCGGACACGUACGAGAGCCGGCGGGCCGGCGCGGCGCUGUCCGCGGGCGACGGCGCGUUGGCGUGCGAGACGCACGCGGCGUGGCUGCCGGUGCUGAACGCCGUUGGUGCAGAGCGUCUGCUUGCGCACGCGCUCAAGGUCUCCGACGGCCGCGGCGGCGGCGACGUCCCGACGCCUGUCGCGAGCCAGCUGCUACGUGCGGCGGCGGCGGGCGGGGGCGCCGCGGCGCGGCACGGCGCGAACGGGCGCAAGGCCGCGACGGCGCCGUCGCUGCUCGCGCAGAGGCCGGACCUCGGGAGCCCUGCGCGGCACGCGCGCGCGGAGCACGGCCAUGCAGCGUCCGAGGCGGGCGCGGCGGCGUGGCCGGUGGAGCUGAGGGCCGAGACGGCGCUCGCUGCCGCGCCGGUGAGCGGCGCGAUGUUUGGAGGCGACGGGGACGGGGACGGGCAGGACGGAGCGCUCGGGCUCGUGACGCGGUACCGGAGCGGCGCGGCGGCGGCGCGCGGCGCCGCAGAGCGCGCGAUCGGCGCGGCGCUGGGCGGGGACGUGGGGCCGGUGGGGAGCGGGAGCGUGUCCGAGGGCAGCGGCGCAUCGUCGCUCCUCGCGGCGUCCGAGGUCGCGCAGAGCCAGGGGCUGACGUGGGGCCUCGUGUGGCAGCCGAUGCUGCGGCGGCUCGACAACGCGGUGCGCAUCCCGCAGCAGCUGGCACAGUGGACGCGCGAGCAGCAGCUGCGCGUGGUGCGGCCGUACGGCGAGGACGACAGCCCGCUGAACGAGGCGUCGAUCCUCGUCCAGCUCGGCAUUCCGCCGGACCCGUACGCGGGGUUGUUCGAGCUGUUUGCGCGGGCGCUGGCGGCCGAGGCCGGCACGGCCGCGCUACCCGUGGCGACGGCGCUGGCGCUCCUGCGCGACACGCUCGACACGGCGGCGUACGAGAGCGACGUCGAUGGCCUGAGCGAGCGCGUCAGGGAGCUCACCGCGCGCAUGGACUCGGGCGCAGCCGCUGGCGCCGAACACGUGCGCGCCGUGGAGAUCCUCCCCGCCGCGAACGACCCCGCGAAGGCGCGCCGCAUGCUACGCCGCUGGCUCCGCGUGCAGCGCUGGCGGCAGAGCCUCGGACUCCUCCCCCCCGAGUCCACACAGCUCCUGGGGGUGUUGGGCCUCGACUGGGCCCUCACAGCCGACCUCCCGGGCUGGGCCGCGCUGAGCCCGCUCGACGCGAGCCACUGCUCGCUGCGGCGCGCGCCGCAGGACGCGGGCGGCGCGGAGUCGCCGAUCUCGGCGUGGGCGGCGGCGGCGCAGGUGGGGUCGCGCGACGAGCUGGCCGAGCUGGUGGUGGCGUGGGUGUGCGGCGACGGCGACGGCGCGGGGCCGGACGCGGCGUACGCGUGGUGCAGCGGCCUCUCGUCGCACUGCGCGGACGUCGUCGCGCCGGCGCGGGGCGGUCGGCGCGACGCGAUGGGGCGCGCAGCCGAGGCGUGGCGGCGGCAGCAACCCCUGCUCCGCGCGCUGGGGGUGCUCACGCCGCGGCAGGAGCGGUUGCUGGACGAGCUGGGGCUCCCGGCGGCGGGGGAGCCGCGGGCCGCCGCGCGCGCGGUCGCGGGGUGGCUGGACUUGGCACGGUUGCUGUGUCAGGACAGGCACGGGGGGGUGGUGGCGGCGGUGUCGCGCGCGGAGGUCGAGGCGGCCGCGAAGUGGGUCGCCGGGCAGCGGAAGGAGCGCCGGCGCACCGGCGCGUCGCGGCAGCUCCAGCUCGCGCGCGUGUUCUGGUAA